CCGCGCCCCCGUCGCCGCCGCCCGCCACUCGCUGCCGCGCCUUCCUCUCGACACGGACAGUGCCAACCGCCCAGAGGAAAGAUGGAUUGGGGCACUCUACAGAGUAUCCUGGGGGGUGUCAACAAACACUCCACCAGCAUUGGGAAAAUAUGGCUCACUGUCCUCUUCAUCUUCCGCAUCAUGAUCCUCGUGGUGGCGGCGAAGGAGGUGUGGGGAGACGAGCAAGCUGAUUUUACCUGCAACACUCUCCAGCCUGGCUGCAAGAACGUGUGCUACGACCACCACUUUCCCAUCUCACACAUCCGGCUCUGGGCCCUGCAGCUGAUCUUUGUUUCCACGCCAGCCCUCCUGGUGGCCAUGCACGUGGCCUACCGGAGACACGAGAAGAAAAGGAAGUUCAUGAAGGGAGAGAUAAAGAAUGAAUUUAAGGACAUCGAAGAGAUCAAAACCCAGAAGGUCCGUAUUGAAGGGUCCCUUUGGUGGACCUACACUACCAGCAUCUUCUUCCGGCUCAUUUUUGAAGCUGUCUUUAUGUAUGUCUUUUACAUCAUGUACAAUGGCUUCUUCAUGCAACGUCUGGUAAAGUGUAACGCCUGGCCUUGUCCCAACACAGUGGACUGCUUCAUUUCCAGGCCUACGGAAAAGACUGUCUUUACUGUGUUCAUGAUUUCUGUGUCUGGAAUUUGCAUCCUGCUAAAUAUCACAGAGUUGUGUUAUUUGUUUGUUAGAUAUUGUUCAGGAAAGUCAAAGAAACCAGUUUAAUGCAUUACUGGGUUACAAGAUUAUAGAUUGCAUAAAAGGAGGGGGCAAACUGCUUAGCUGCCAAAACUCAGCCACCAGCAUUUCUUAAGACAAAGAUCCCCAUCUCCAAGGCCACCAUCUGAAGUCCCAGUAGGCCUCACGUGAAACUCCAGAUGCUUCAGUGGGACUCCCCUACCCCAAAGCUCCCAAACAAAGGCUUAAUUCUAAGCCUGUAUUAAUCAACACUAAAGUUAGUUCCCCUAAGACCCAUGCUGGUGGGAUCUGCUCCUGUAGAAUUCUUUCAUAGCUUAAACAAAGAAUCUCAGCAUUUGUUUCUCCUUCUCUGAGGAGAGGAGAGAUAGGCCCUAGUCCUAAAAAGGAUGCUGAGAAAGUUCAGUGCCUCCCUUAGGGUGUCUUUUGCCAAGUUUCUGGCUAAAAGAUAAACAUGGAGAAUCAUGAUUCUUUUAUUUGCUUUGGAAGUUUUAAUCUGUAACAAUGGACAAAGUUACUUACUUCUCCAAGUUCUGUUGUACAUUCUUUUUUAAAUGACAACGUUAAAAUAAGAUAGUCUUUUGGUCUGAAGAUAUUCUGAAAAACAUAUACAUUGUUCCUAUUUCAAUAGUCCAGAUUAUGAUCUGUACAUGGUGUGUAAUUAGAUUAUAUAAAUUCAUUGAAAAGAUGACUAUGUUAUGAGAAAUUUGCAGCGUGCAGCCAUCUGUGUUAUACUUCACAUAGCAGCCUGUCUCAAAUGCGAUAAACUGGAAGCUGUUCAUGGUGCCUUCUGCCAGCAAGUGGCCUCACUGCAAAAAUUUAAGUAUAACUUUGCAUAAGAAAUAGACUGGAUCUACUCCAACUGCUACCUGCAAAGAGCCUUACUCAGUCCCUCCCUCCCUCCCGUUUGCCUUGGCCAUUCCUGUGGGACACAGUAGACAGCAUCAGAAGAACACUGACUUCAUG